GUAGCGCACAUGCGUCAGAUAUGUCAUGUUUGGUAGCCGUCCACGUACAUAUAUGAAGGCUUGAACACUUAUGUGGAGUGCGGGACAUUUUGUCACGGAUAUUUUGCUGGCUUCGAAACAUGACAGCCUAACAGUUUCUUUGCCAGUCGUUGACGACUUCUCACCAAUGCCACAAUGAGCCGUUUAACGACAGAGCUGACGUUUGACCACAUCAAUGACUUCUUUAAACUCGGGGUGAAGAAUCCUCGUAUGCCUGACACGCUAGCAAAGAGCAGCACGGGUGGCUGGGGGAGAUGUCAACCACGUGAAGUGUCCGAGGCGGCGGACGCAGCUCAAGUCCCCAGCUACAGACGCAACCCACAAGAUGCCUAUCACCAGCAGGAAUACGUCCAGCAGUACCAAAAGCAAUGGGAGGAGGAGCGAUUGCAGGAUCAUGGGGGCGGAGCAGCAGGGGGCGAUAUUGGAGCCAGGAGCAUCCACACUAGUCUGUCGGAUUUGGAGAGCAUGACGGAGAGUGACGUCUUCAGCUUGCCCAAUGAUAUUCCUGCAGAGCUUGCAUCCCGAGUCUACCACAACUACAACUUCGAUCACACUUACAAUCCGGCACUCCCGAUCACAGAGUUCAGUGAGCAGGUUGUAAACACCAUUGAGGCCCAUUCAGUGGCGAUUAUUCAGGGACCUACAGGAAGCGGUAAGACAACCCAGGUGCCUCAGUAUAUCUUGGAUUACUACGCCAUCCAAGACAAGCACUGUAACAUCAUCGUGACCCAGCCCCGCCGUAUCGCCGCCAUCAGCAUCGCCCGACGGGUCUGCGAGGAACGGCGUUGGCAGCUGGGAAGUCUCGUCGGGUACCAGGUUGGCAUGGAUCGAUGUGUUUCCGAUGACACCAGGCUUACGUUCGUUACCACCGGUGUACUGUUGCAGAGGCUAGUGAACAGCCGCACCAUGAACAAAUACACACACAUCAUUCUUGAUGAGGUGCAUGAACGAGAUCAGGAGAUGGACUUUGCCCUGCUCGUGACGCGGAAGCUACAGAGGUCAAACUCCAGACACGUUAAGAUUAUUUUAAUGUCGGCGACCUUUGACACCUCGAUGUUUGCACAUUACUUUGCCAUGCCCAUCGCGGGAAAGUUGGAAGAUGCACCAGUUGUGAACAUUGAGGGCAGAAUUUACGAUGUGCAAGAGCAUUAUGUGGAGGACAUCUCACAUCUGGGACCGUACAUUGAAAGUGAAAACGGGGAUGCGGCAGUAACGAGUGAAGCCUAUGACCUAGCCAGAGCCUUGAUUGUCCAAUUUGAUGAGCUGGAAGUGGCUGAACAAGGAGAUCAUGAGAAGAGUGGUCGGGCUAAACACAGGGGUACAGUCUUAGUCUUUCUACCAGGAUUGGCUGAGAUAAACCAACUGGAUCAGUUGUUGGCCAGUGUGGGUCCUACCCACAGGCUGUGGGUGUUGCCACUUCACUCAACAAUCACCACCCAAGAGCAAGCCAGGGCAUUCGUCAAGGCACAGGAUGGCUUCAGGAAAGUCAUUUUAGCAACUAACAUUGCAGAGAGCUCUAUCACUGUGCCCGAUAUCAAAUAUGUCAUUGACUUCAUGCUGACUAAGUGCAUGGUGUGCGACCCAGAGACUAACUAUCAAAGCCUCAAACUUCAUUGGGCUUCCAAAGCCAAUGCCAUCCAGAGGAAAGGGCGAGCUGGUCGUGUGUCGUCAGGUAAGGUCUACAGACUCGUCACCAGGGAAUUCUAUGAGGACUGCAUCCAAGAUUAUGGAAUCCCAGAAAUGAGGCGUUGUCCAUUGGAGCGUCUGAUUCUUCAAGUCAAGAUGCUUGACCUAGGGGAACCCAGAGCCAUCUUGGCCCUGGCCUUGGAACCUCCUAACCUAGACAACAUCACAAGGACUGUACUACUCCUCAAAGAGGUUGGUGCUUUGUCCACAACAACCGGUGGUGUGAUCUCCCCCAGCGACAGCGAUGGUGAUCUGACUUUCGUGGGAAGGGUGCUGGCGAACCUCCCUGUGGACAUCCGCAUCGGCAAGGUCCUGUUGCUCGGCCACGUCUUUGACUGUCUCAAGGAGUGCCUUAUCAUUGGUGCUAGCCUGUCUUUGAAGAGCUUCUUUGCUCGGCCUUACAAGGAUCCACUCAAGGCUUAUGGUGCCAAGCUAGACUGGGCCAACAACUCAUUCAGCGAUUGUAUCGCCAUCCUGAAUGCGUUCACCCAGUGGGACAAUCUCCGACAGACCAAGGGAUUCCUACGAGCUGGCAUGAAUGAGAGAAAGUGGGGAGAGAAGCACAUGAUUCAGAUAAAUCGAAUCCGCGAGGUGAUGGAUGUUAUCAAGGAACUGAGCGAUCGAUUGGCCAAAUUCAAUAUCCAACUGCCUCGGGGAAAACACAAGAAACCGAGUCAGAGUGACCAUGGCGAGGAUCGUCUGAUUUUGAAGAUUGUUCUGGCUGGAGCGUUUUACCCCAACUACUUCAGCUGUGAGCAGCCAGAUGAAGCACAAGCUUUGAAGCAGCUCUCAGGCAAAGACCCUUGUACCACUGUCAUGGUUAGCAAUCUACCUCCCCAUUCCUACCUGUACAAAGCAGAAAUUGCCAGUCUCUUUGAGCAGUGCGGCAAAGGCAAACAACUCUACUUUGAGGAGAGCAAGGCUUUCAUAGAGUUUGAGCGCCCUCACACCAUGACGACCACAGAAUCAAGCUCCAUUUUGAAUGCAGUGUACAUGGCCGUUAAAAUGAGAUUGCUACGCCUUCCCAUGACCAUUCAGAUGUACGAGGUUGAUGAGGCUGAUGUGAAGGUUGUAGAGGAAGCCAAGGAACUUGCUUCACAGUCGUCCAGACAGCUCCGAACCAACAGAUUAUCAGCCUCCGUAGACACCAGUGCACCUAGACAGGUUCCCCUCCCACCAGCCAAAAAGAACUGGAUUGAUGUCUUUGUCACUGAGGUUGUGGACGGGAAUCGAUUCUGGGCUCACUACGCUGACCAGGAGACCUUCAAACAGUUGGACAACAUCAUGAGACAGACCAACGGUCCAAGUAUCGAAAAGAUACCGCUUGAUGAACUUCCUAAGGCAGGUGUGUAUUGCCUGGCUCCAUUCGUUGAUGAGGAGAACGACCGCAAGUAUUACCGAGCCCGCAUUGAAGCGGUGCAGACAAACGGACCCAAAGUCAGGGUGUUCUAUUUGGACUAUGGAAACCUAGGGGAAGUUGAUAGGCAGGAGUUGAGAAAGAUGGCCAAGAGUCUACUGGAAAUACCGUUCCAGGCAUUUGAAUGUGUGCUUUGUGAGAUCAAACCAUUUUAUCACCUGCCUAACAACCAGUGGUUGCCCGUAGCGACACAGAGACUGGCUGAGCUGGCCUGCAACAGAAUCAUGACAGCUAAGGUGUUCUCAGUGGUGAGUGGUACACUGCGUGUGGAUCUAUACGACUGCUCCAAGGAACCUUCGCUUCACAUCAAUCAGAUUUUGGUCAGGGAAGAAGUUGCUGACCGAGCAGAGGAGCCCUACGUCUCCAAGCUCAAUAACCUACAGAGACAGGAGGAGGCUGACUACAAGUUUGCAGACUCAGGCUGGGUGGAAGUUCCCCGGGCAACACAACUGGGAACUAGGGAACAGAGAGCCAGGCCUCGAGGCAAGGCAUCUCUUCGAGGCCCUAAUAGUCCCUAUGAAAUCAGCUUCGGCAGCAUGACCCGUGUCGGGAGACUAAGGUCAACCAAAGUGGAGAGGGAUAGCGUCAACUCGGUGGCCCUUAGCAACGCCCCCGAGGAGAAGUAUGAGAAGAUGAUGGUGGCAGCCCAUGUAGGCCUGAACCAUGCAGGCAACACAUUGUUGGCGAGAGACACCACGCUGAUGCCCAACAUACCAGACCUGCCCGCUCUGAUCUGCAUUCUCUUUGCUCCAGUUAUGGAACUCAGGAGAGAUAAGAAGAACACCAGAUUAACCGGUGCACUAUGCGGUCUUGGGUAUGAUCCUGAGACCAAAGGUGCCGUGUUACCAGACCAUGACAUUGAGGUGACCUUUGACACUCUCAUCACCAGUAAAGACAUUGCAACGAUCAAUGCCAUCCGCCUGGCGAUGAACCUGGCUAUUGGUUCCCAGAAUGCCAUCGCCAGUUGGGGGUCAUCAGCAUCCAACCAGCUCCAAACGCAGGCCAGGAAUGUGUUACUGAAAUUGGUGAAGAAGAAACGGGAACCAGCCGAACCGGUACACUUUGGUAGAGCUUACCUAUGGCAGCAAGUUGAUCCCAGUGAAAUUCUUUACACCGAAGAUGAAGUAGACACUCCCGGUUACCCCAAGCUGUAUGAAUUCCACAACUCUGUCUCGCUACAAAAUCCGCGAUAUGAUCCGGAAGAGGACCUAAGAGAUCUUAGAGAGCAGAAGGGACAUCUGGAUCAUCUCCACUCUCUGGCCAACAGGUCAACAGUACUCUUUGACAAGCCAGCCCACUGCUGGUUGUGUGAGACUGUCUUCUACUCACCUAGGGACUUACUGUUCCAUCUCAACACGCAGACACACAUGGACGAGGAGCACAAGUUGAUUCAAGAAUAUGAAACCUGUUGCCGUUGAAGAGAAGUUUCUUCCACAGUGUCAUCCCUGCGCCCGACAAUGAGGAAAGGGAUUCCUCAAUCCAGCUCCGAGACUGACGGUCGUUUCACCAGGUUCAUCCCGAGCCAAAUAAUCUUACGACACGAAGCCUUAAGCUGUAGACCAGCAAGGUCGCUUCUUGUCAUUUUCACCAGAGGCCGUCUUCAUUAUCUCCCUAUCAUACCAGAGACAAAGGUCACCCAUAGAAAAAUGCACGCACAUGUCGUUGAUAUAACCAGGACCUUUUGUUAUGGCACAGUGUCAAUAUUAAUUUAAUCCAGCUGUCCAAAGAUGGAAACAGUUAAUCAGUUCAGAAAAACUGCUUCACUAAUUUUUCCCCUAGGUUUUGAAUCAAAACCACUGAUUAAGUUUUAGGUCGUAAGACGCUAUUUCACAGGACAGUCGCAUGUAAAAAUUUAAUGAAUAAGUCUAAUUUUGUGUAUUGCGUACAUAUCCGUCUUUAAUACAAAAAGAUUUAUUGUAAUCACACAUUCCUUAAAUGUCAUAAAUUUGAACUGUGUUCUUUUCAUGCCUUUAGGCCAGUCUGUAAAAAUCUUUAAAGCAGGGUUAAUCAACCCAUGGAGGAAGGAUCCUCCAUGAUCAACCCCAAGUGACCAUCACUUGAAAAUGCCCAUUCUAAAGAUUUCAUAAAUACCGAAACCAGCACCAAUGCAAGGGUGUUCAUUUGCAAGAUACAAAUGUGGGAUUGAUAUAUGAGUGAAGGAUGAUAUUUGUAUCAUUGGAAAUGCUAACCUCACACAGUACCUAAGGCUCGAUUUAUUUCCCGGUUAAGAUAUUAUAUUACCCUAAUUCUGUAGGCUUUUGAUCUGCAUUUGACACGAGAGUAUUUGUCACAAUAAAUUUGUUACCUCACAUUGAGCCUAUAUCGCUGUAUUGAACAGGGGUAAACCAAAAAUAUGCCGUUUCACUUGAUUGAAUUCUUUCAAUUCGUUUCCAUGACAAAGACUCGAUGGGGGGGGAAGUAGUCAUUUCUUGUUCAUAAAUGACUUCCAAUAAUUGCCAUUCAGUUUGUAAUGACAAAUGACCCAAACAUUUGGAGGUAGGCAGACGUCCAAAAAUGACUCAGUUCAGAGUCGACAUAUGAGUGUGAGUCAUCGAGAUGUCAUUUCUCUACUCCUCCCUUCUCAUACUCGUCUUGCCCGCGAAAUUGGUUAAGGUUAAAGUUUCAACAGAGGCAAAGCAGGACUUCGUGUAUUUUUGUACACUCUUUGCCAAACUGUUAAUAUAUCUGUACACUCUGUUAUUUCAUUACACAGGUGCACUUGGUAUCAAUCAUUGCGUAAGAAAACUGGUAAUAUGAACCAUUACGUAAGAAAAGCGAUUCUCCCCUUGAACGCACUCAAAUGUCUUUUCUUUGUGCAUGUGCGUCAUUUUUGUUUUGGUCUGCCGUCAGAUUGGAUUAGAUUCUGAGUCAUGUCAGUCUGAUUAAAAACAGGAUGUUUUGAAAUUAAACACCCCAGAUGUUUAUACCUUAUUUAUGGUCAGUCUUUGCUUUCAAUAGGAAAAGAAAUUAAUGUGCUUACCUUGAGACAGGAAGCUGUCUUUUGGCUUGCAGCUUGGAGGCCAUAAAUUUAUUUUCUUUAUUCGGUUUUUUUGGUGUGAUCUAACAGAUAGCGGUGUUCAAGCAGAUAGCUUGACAUUGAUAAACUAUCGGCAUAAACCCAAGUGUUUGUUUCAGCUGGUGUUGCUAAUAUCUGAAUUGGCAAAAGUACUGUUAAAUUAAGGGGGGAUUCGGUUUUCCUUCUUUACAGGGUGGUUGACUUCGUAAUAAAUUUCAGAGACUACUUUCCAGUUUCAUUCCUGUCUAAAUAACAGUCUGAAAAAGAAUUAAUCAGAGAUAGAAGCAAAAAGUAUGACGUCACAUGGUUAUUUGUUAGUUGCAUUCCUUCUUUUUAUAAAGUAGCCUGCCUACUUUUAAAACUCUUUUCCACAAUAAACGGUCACUUGUUAUCUUAGUUGUAGCUUUUCUCUUUUCAUUAUCCUAUGUUAUCUAUGUGCUGCUGGCGAUUGAAAGUUUUGGCAAGUUAUAAAAAAAACCACAGAAAUGCCGCCUAUUGAAGUUGUCGCAUUCUUUAUUUGUUACGACAGGCAGUUCCACACAAAUGUCGCUGUCAGUCAUUUUGUGUACGUCAGGCGGUCUGGAACAAUAAACAUCUGCAUUCUGUUUUUGUUUUGUUUUCUUUACUUUUCUUCUGGCAGUGCACAAGACGAGUAUGAUAGUGCCAACUCGACGGACGAUUGUGUCUUUGAUUUGGCAAUUGUGGUAUAAUGUAGAGUGUAAAACCUAUUUUAAUUUGUUCAAUAAAACAGUUUAUUAUUCGGACAAAUA